UUUCAUAUUUCACCAUGAUAAUAAUCAUGAUAAUAAUAAUAAUGAUGAUGAUGAAAAGAAAAAAUCAUUAUUAUUACAAACAACAACAAUUUACUUAUCAUCAAUCAAAAAAUUUUCACCACGAAUCUAUUGUCGUUAUACAUUUGUUUAUUUGUUCCUGAUAUUCUAUUCUCAUCUUUGUAUUGUUACUGCAAAUGAAUUAUCAUUGAACGAAAAUGGCUUAACAUCAUCAUCCUUAUCAAGAUUAUCAUCAUCAUCAUCAUCGUCGUCGGAUCAUCAAUUACAUCAUAGAAUGUUGAAUAAUCCAAGAGAAUUUGUGCCUCUUGCUGAAAUUCAAUCAGAACAAUUUGAUGAUCAAUAUGUAAAAUGUCUUUAUUAUAAUCGUACAUUAUGUCAACAAACUAAUAAUAAAGAAGGUUGUGGUGAAUCGGUUCAGAUUUGUUCGACAAUUGAUAAUUUGGGUCAUAAUACUGGUGAUGCAUAUUGUUAUGCAUUAUGGCGUAAUUCAACCAAUGAAGGUGUACAAUUAGUAUUCAAAGGUUGUUGGUAUGGUGCCAGUAAAAGUUGCUCAAAUGAAGAAUCAUUAUCCGUUUUGAGUCAACAACAACAACAACACCAUAAGAUGCCUUGUGUACCGGCACAUCAACCCAAACAAAAAGAUCUGAAUUUUUGUUGCUGUAAAGGUAUUCUUUGUAAUGAAGAAAUAAAACAGAUGCCCAAUUUGUUAUUGUAUUCAUCAACACCGGCACCCGAACAACAUGGUGUUAUAACAACCACAAUGGAAUCAAAUGAUUAUCGAUUAUCGGACAUAAUAUUCUAUGUUUUGUUAAUCAUGGCUAUAAUAUUUUUGGCAAGUGUCGCUAGUAUAAUUGUAUACAUUUUUGGAAAAUGUCCACGUAAACCACAUUCAGAUGAUGUUCCUACUCAUGAACCGCUUUUACUUGAUGGUACUAAUCUACCGAAUAUUGGAUACAAUGCUAAUCCUAUCUCGCUUAAAGAAGCAUUAGCUAAUGGUAAAUUUGGCACUGUGUAUAGGGCUGUCGAUUGUCACAAUCGACAAGUUGCGGUAAAAGUAUUUUCAAUGCAGGAUCGUUCAUCAUGGCAAAUCGAAAAAGAUGUGUACAAUCUUCCACAAAUGGAACAUAAUAAUAUUCUCAAAUUUUUGGGCUUUGAUCGAAAUGGUGAAGGUAUUAAGUUGGAAUUUUGGAUCAUAACCGAAUAUCACCCGAACGGAUCGUUACAUGAAUAUCUUAAAUCACAUACAGUUACAUGGAAUCAAUUGCUUAAAAUUAUUCAAGGAAUUGGCUUAGGUUUGGCACAUUUACAUGAAGAGAUUCCAGCUAAAGAUAAUCAAAAUGCAAAACCAUCGGUUGCUCAUCGAGAUUUUAAAUCAAAAAACGUGCUUUUAGGAAACGAUUUUCGAGCUUGUAUAGCCGAUUUCGGUCUGGCACUUGUUUUCUAUCCAAACACUACUUGUGGUGAUGCUCAUGGACAAGUGGGAACUCGACGUUAUAUGGCCCCCGAAGUACUUGAAGGAGCAAUCAAUUUUACACGAGAUUCGUUCCUCAAAAUCGACAUGUAUGCCUGUGGUUUAGUGCUAUGGGAAUUAGUUUCUCGUUGUAGUUUCAAUGAGAUACCAUGCGAUGAAUAUAGUUUGCCAUUUGAAAAUGAAGUUGGUCAAAAUCCAACUAUCGAAGAUAUGCAAGAUAUUGUGGCACAGCAGAAAAAACGUCCACACAUUAAAGAAUCAUGGUCAAAACAUCCUGGUAUGGCAUUGAUUGUUACUACCAUUCAAGAUUGUUGGGAUCAAGAAGCCGAAGCAAGAAUUUCGGCCGAAACUAUUUGUGAACGUAUCAAUACUUUAAAAAUUAAUAAUAAUAAUAAUGAUUCGACUUUUAAUCAGUCGAAUCUAUCAUCAAACAAUCAUCGUACAACAAUGACAACACCAUUAACAAAUAAUCAUGUUAAUACUUUCAUCAAUAAUAAUAAUAAUAUUAAUAAUCAAAAGAUUGUCAAUUCACCAUUUUUACCUAAUAUUCAUCUAAAUCAUUAUCAUCCACAUCUUAAUCAUAAUGGUAGUGCUUCAACACCAAUGAGAAUGAUGAUAUCAUCACAUACAAAUAAUAUUAUGAAUAAUCAUCAAACAUGAUUCAUUCAUUAAUUAAUUUAAAUAAUUAAAAUCGAUUGCUGUAAAUUAUUUGGAAAAUAUUGUAAAAAAUCAUCAUCAUCAUCAAAAAUGGAAAAGGAACCGCUAUUUUGGAACAAAAUCUUCAGAUUGAUGAUUGAUAAUGGUCGGUGUGUUUUAAACCUCGAUUCGUAUUUAAACAACAACAACGAAAAUAAACAGAUUUUGUGUGAGAUGCUGAUGAAGAUGUGAUUGUAUUUGGCCAUAUGCUGCUGUCUUUUUUUUGGAACAUGUCCCGAAUUGUGGCUGCC